AUGCUGUUUGAUACACACUUGCUGAUAUCACAAUUUUCACAUCUUCUCUAUGUUACUUAUAUAUUUGUCAAUAUCCAUGCUGCAAAUGUAAUAAUACUACAGGUGAACAGAGUAUAAGAUGCUUAAAUGCCAUCAACACAUUUACAACAAAAAGCCCUAUGGAAUAAGAACAGGAUAUUUUUGCAUUAAUGGAGAAUCCGCCAGGAAUAUCUGUGCAAGCCCUUCAAUCAGUAUAUAAAGAAGAAUGUGAACAUUCUCACAGGUAGCUCUAUUAAAUAUUUCAUAGAUGAAUAGAGGACAUCAGUAACAUUUUUGAUACACUAUAAACGAACAAAUUAAGGAUAUACACCAACAACUAUGAAUAAAAAUUGGGAAUUUCCUUCUAUUGGACUUAAUAUUUAAUAAGGCAAACUUAUAAAUAAGAGUACAGAGACUGAAAAUUUUAUUAUCCACAUAAAAAGCAAUAUUAUGAUACUAAUGAUGUUUGAUAGAUUUUAGUUUUGCUUUAAUUUUUCGACUACAAAAGACAUUUGA